GCAACAUUGAAGACAAUCUUUUCCACUUGCUGCCGUGAGAAGCGGUCUAGUGAUAAAAUUGUGAAACGUUUACUAACCAUGGCCUCCUUGUGCAGACAAAUUUUUCGCGUAAAUGCCUGCAGAAAUCUUAUUUUAUCCACUGCCAGACGUGGAUAUGCGGACAAAAUGAUGUCUGACCCCAUGGAGCAUGCUACUGGUCUAGAGAAGAAAGAACUGCUAGCUUUACAGGCUGGUAACGAUGAUCCCUUUAACAUGAAGAUGCUUAAGAAAGCUGCAGGCACACGCGAGGACCCUACACUUGUGCCAUCCUGUUUCGAUGCACGAAUUGUUGGCUGCAUAUGUGAAGAACACUCAACAGCUAUCAACUGGCUUUGGGUACAUAAGGACCACCCACGCCGCUGCGAGUGCGGUCACUGGUACAAACUUAUCGAGAAAACACCUCUCUAAACAUCUAACGAUUUUAGUUUAACGUUAUAGUAGUGAUUACGAUAAUUGCAAUGAUUAGCAUCUCGACAGCCGCACAGCAUAUCGUUGUCAAUUUGUUCCUUUAUGUACUAAAUGUACAAAGAUUGAAUGAGACCGCAGAUGCGCUAGUUUGAUUUCUAAAAUCGUAUUCAAUCAAUUAAAUAAUUAUAAGCAUAA